AGCAGUUGCAAAGGGGGGAUGGUAGUGGCGACGUUGAUGGUGAUAUGCGAGGAGAAGAAAUGCGAAAGGAGGCUUCAUUGGCGAGCAGCGCAUAAACGCAGCGAAACAGGCGACCAGAAUCGACCGGUAAACGAUAAACGUUGCAUGGGUAUGUGCUGGCAGAGAUCGUUAAAAGCUGGUAUCUGCGUUUAAAGGUGACCUGUUACACGCAUACAGACAUACGUCCACGUUGAAAGUGUGCGGUCAAACUGCAAGACUCGGAAGAAAUAAAAACAAACGCAGAAUAAACGCGAAAACUGGCAGAAAAAUAAAAAUCGGGUGUAGGAGGUGAAUAGAAAAGACAGGGGGAGGGAGAGAGAGAGAGAGAGAGAUAGGGAUAACAAGGGAUGUGAAAGUACCGUUAAAGGGAUCUUGCGAAGUUGCUGCGAUACUUUUUCCACGGCACGAGGAUGGCCGUGACGUCGAUGAAAGGAGAUCGUAUUAACUGGAGGGUGGUUCAGUAAGCACGACACCUACGUAGCCAAGAAGACGACGCCUACGUACAGCGCAAACACGCCGAGAACGCAUCAAAUAUCGAACGUUGUUGUUGCCGAAUAACAGUGACGACAAGGGCGACGUCGCGUCGCGUCGACGGCAGCGAGCGCCCGACACUCGAUAACGAGUUUCUAUCGUGGUAGAAGCGUUCGGCAGACGUCGGCUGAGUGUGGAGGAAAGCGUAAGAGUGCCUUUGGUCGCUUGCACCGUUGAUUCGCCUUUCGCGUGCCAAUAAUCGGUGCUGCGUACGUGUUUCGUGAGGCACGUAAAAGAAGUUGGCCACGUCGAAUUCGCUGGUGCAUAAUGUGCAACGUUUCUGAGAAAGGGUCGAGGACAAUGAGGCGAAUUCACUUGGAAAGUAUUUCGCGACGCAGAAGGUGGUCUCUGCGAUUCGGCCUUUUCCUCGUGUAUAUAUUAGUCCAGUACGUCACUUGUGCAAAAAUACCUGAAGAGGUAACGUCUCCUUAUCCCAGUUCCACGGACCGCGAAGAAAACUGGACGUUGGAUUCUACCUCGGAAUCGUUUACGCCCGAGACGGAGGCCAGUGUCGAAGCAAAACCAAAAGCAAAGGAAGAAGAUGUCUCGGAGAAAGAAAAGAACGAAAAGACCGAACUGAAGAACGAAAAGAACAAAACGGAAGAAAAGAACGAGGGCCAGCAGAAGAAUGGAAAGAAGACACCCGAGGAAGAAAAAUCGAAGCUCGAUGAACAUUCGAAGGAAAGGAACACUGCUUCGACGGAGAAAACUCCUCCGGCAGAGAAAGCUGUUCCGAAAAAGGAAGUGGCGACGGCGAAUGUUCCUGGAACCACAACGGUUCCAACAACGACCACUAUGAAGUACGAACACGCAACGUGGAGACCGCGAAGGAAAGAUUGCUCGCCGCCUGCGAUCGAACAAUUUCCACGACCAUUAAUGGGUCCCUCGGCUAGAAAACACGGUGGAUUGAUCAUUCAUAUUUUAGUUGCAAUUUACACCUUCCUGGGCCUUGCAAUUGUUUGCGACGAUUACUUCGUCUCCAGUUUGGAUCGAAUUUGCGAAGAACUGCGAUUGUCUCCGGACGUUGCUGGAGCGACUUUUAUGGCUGCCGGUUCUUCAGCUCCGGAAUUGGCAACCGUGGUGAUCGGUGUGUUCUUUGCCAAGGAUGAUAUCGGAGUAAGCGGUGUAAUCGGAAGUGCGGUGUUCAAUAUAAUGUUCGUGAUAUCGGUGUGUGGACUGUGUACGUCGACAGUGUCAAAGUUGAAUUGGUGGCCCCUCUGCCGGGAUUGUUUUUUCUACGCUGUAUCGAUUCUGGUGAUGCUGGGUACAAUUUACAACGAAUCGAUAUCUUGGAUGGAAUCUCUGUUCAUGUUGUUCAUGUACGGCGUGUACUGCGUCGCUUUAUCUUACAACGCUAGACUGGAACGCUGGGCGAAAUCUUACAAUAUACCUUUUCUACCAAAAGACGACGAACCCGCGGAGGAGAGCGCUCUUGUUAGUUAUAGAUCGUUACAAGAGGACCGCUUGUCUUACACAGGACCGAGUUCGCCUACGGAUCAAUAUAAAGAGCAGGAAGGUGUAACUGCAGGAACACCGACAGGAGGAAACGUUCCUGAAACGAACGAAUCGGCACCUCCGAAACAACCGAGCUAUUACAAAGCGAAAGAACCAGAUCCGAACGAAGUAUCGCCGUUAGAGAAGCCCACUGACGGUAGCAAAUGGUCUCUGUUUACCUGGGGUCUCGUCUAUCCGAUUCAUUUCAUGUGCCGCGCCACAAUGCCGGAUUGCCGACAAGACAAAUUUAGGAAUUGGUAUCCCUUUACCUUCUGCGUGUCGAUGGUUUGGAUCAGUUUCUACAGUUACUUCAUGGUGUGGAUGAUUACGAUUAUAGGUAGCACUCUUGGUAUACCAGACACGGUGAUGGGUUUGACGUUCGUCGCUGCCGGUGUCAGUGUGCCCGACGCACUCUCGUCGUUAGCCGUGAUAAAAGAAGGCCUUGGUGACAUGGCCGUGAGCAACGCUGUCGGCAGUAACGUCUUUGAUAUACUAGUUUGCCUCGGGCUUCCAUGGUUUAUACAAACUGCGAUGAUACAACCCGGCUCGCACGUGAACGUCACUAGUCGAGGCCUGACGUACUCGACGGUGUCUCUGCUGUCAACGGUGGUGUUCUUAGUCCUAGCGACCCAUUUGAACGGCUGGAAGCUGGAUCGACGGUACGGAGCGAUAUUGAUGGUUUGGUACUUGGUAUUCAUCACAUUUGCCUCGCUCUACGAACUAAACGUCUUUGGUGAAAUGAAUCCUCCGGUUUGCUUCAGCGCAUUUUAAACGAACGCCACUUAAUCGUAUACAGACUGACGAGGAAAAUGAAAUAUAAUGGAAAAAGUGGAAAAGGAGGAGCAGUGAAAAAGCGAGGGGGAGAGAGAGAAAGAGAGAGAGAGAGAGAGAAAGAGUGCGUGUGUAAGCAACCGACUGAAUGCUCGAUGAAAAUGUUCUCGUCGAACUCGAUCUCAUUGCAUCGUGUAAGUAUCAGGCUGCUAAAGCACGAUGGAAGAUAGUUCGAAAACUCUUUUACAAUAUUUUCGUUUCCUUCUUCCAUCCCCCGUCUCGUUUCUUCUCGUUCCUUUUCGUUCUUCUUCUUCUUCUUUCUUUUCUGUUGCCCCUUCUUCUUCUUCUCAUCUUCUUCCUUCUUCUUCUCUUACCUUAGCUUCUAGCCCUAUUCUAAUUUCCACGUGAAUUGAAAUUUCAAGCAAAAGUGAGGAAGAAUGGCAGAGGAAUGAGAAAAAAGGUGACAAGAUUCCAGUUUGCGCUGGAAUUAAAGAAUAUAUUUCAAAUGCGCUCGUCUUAAGAUCCAUUUGUACAAUAACGCGUUAGAUGAUUUGUAGCGUCACCUCUCGAGCACAAAUUCGAGUUCUAUUCUCACGUCGCGUGAAUUUUCCUUCCAACGAAACAUCGACGAUUCUCGAUGUUUCACUUUGCUUCCACUCGUUAUUCGUACGAUAUCGAUCGAGCUUUCUUUCGAAAGCAAAUGGAAAACGCAACGAAAACAAGCUCUAUCGUUGUUCGUAAGUUUGGGGUCAGUUAAACGGACAAUACACUCAUCAGUAUUAAAACGCAAACGACGACGUUGUUAAGUAUUAUUCGAUCUAGAAUCAAUAGCGGAAUAGAACUGGUCGAUCGAUCGUAUUAACUCGUCGCGCUUUCUUUCGAAUCGUAGACGCGCGAGACGCCACAGUCCGAAGACUCGAGACAGUCGUUUUCGUUAAUCGAAUAUCGUUUCUAUCUUUCGUGCCUCUUUGCUCUUUCAAACCUACUCUGUUUCCUCGUUCGACUCUUCCUGCUCUACUCGUCGCACUUACAUCGACAUUUCUAAUCGAAAGCUGCUGCACUUUCGCUUCUUUCUUACGUUUUUAAACGUUUCUCGCAACCGGCAUCCAGUCAAUUUCUUCGUAUAUGAUGAUUCGUCCGUCCGUGCGUUCGUUGGUUCGUUAAUUCGUUGAUUCAUAUUGCCGUUUUUCUUCCUCGACAAGUAAUAUAGUGCACACGCGAGAAUAAUUAUUUUGCUAUCGAGAUAAUCGUUCUCCCUUGUUCUUAUCGCGCACAUAUACGUUUUCUAUGCAAGUAUACGCGUGUAUGCGUGUGUGUACGUCAGUGUUUUCAAACGGUUCUACUCGCGGGAAAGUUAAUUUUCCAACAACGUAACGUUUUUUGAUAGAUUUUUCUAAUCAUCGCGUCGAUAACAGCGAAUUUAGCGUAUCGAUAGAUGAAAAAUAUCGCGAAAGAAUUUACUUCGAUAUUUCUUUCCUUUUCUUGAACGAUCGUUCGCCUGUGGCCUAACGCGUUUUUCGAAAUCACGAAAGUACGUUUCAAUCCGUCUUUUACGAAAUAUUUCUCUGUUCGCGUGUAACUGCGGGAGGAACCGCUGCUACGAAGCGCUUUAUCGAUCAGAGAAGUAGAAUUAACGUUUAAUAGUCAAACGCGACGCAGCGGGACCCGAAAAGUUUGCUUUCUUCCAGAGGAAAUCGAUAAACGUCGGCCAAACCAGCCGCGUCCGAAUCGAAAUUUACGACGCAUCGUUGUUUUCCUCGCUGACGAUCAACACCAUUCGUCCUCACUAUCUGCCGGUCUUUUUAUCGACCUUCUUAUCGUCAGGCUUGUUACGUGCAAUUAAACACGUUGUUUCUGGCGCGUUCCUUUCCGCACUAUUAUCUCUGUUUUUCUUUCACUUUCUAACGUCCUGAACAGAUACGAAACGACGAAAGACGAUGCAACCAGCUGCGAAGUUAAAGUUUAUCGGACGAAUUAGACCGUGGGUGAGGGAGAGGCGAGCGCUUUCAACGAGUCGAGCGAACGAUCGAACGCCGUUCGCGUACUCGCAUAAAAGUACGAUUGCUUGGAAACGAGAGGAAAAAAAGCUUCGUUUCGGACAAAUCGCGUGCAUCGAUCAAAGGGAUUACGUAGGACCCACGUGGAUCGGUCGAGGCGAGUCAAAAGGUAGAAACGAAGUUGACGGAAGAAGGUGAAAGAGAUAGAAGGGUACACUUUCGACGAGUACGAGACGAGAUAACAAAAGAGACAAUAAUUAAUGCAGCCUUAUCCGAUGAAAGUAUCUACAACGUUACUCUGCGCGAUCGUUGAGAUCAGCGUGUAAAAGGAUAGCGUUCGGUAUUCUUCCGUUUUCCGAAACCUUUCGAUCUGUCUGUUGCCUGGCCAUUUUGCAAAGACGAUCGAUCAACGUUUCUGGACUAUUAUACGUAUAAUAUUCUAUGUAGUCGUUAAGCGGAAAGCGGGCCGGCGGUGAAUCGCAAACAAAAAGCAAACCGUGAUCCGCGAACAGCCUAAGCAUUUAUUGUAUUUGUCUGUCUACGUUGAUCAGCGUUUCUUCGUACAUCGUGCAUCGUGCAUCGUACAUCGUACCGCAUGCGUGCGUUCGCCUGUUCCAAAAGCAAAUACAAUACAAACGUAACUCACUGUUACGAGCACGGUUGCGUUUGAGUCGGUACGCGGUCCGAUGACCAGAUCGCAAAGAUCGCGCAGGCGUUUCAACGUAAACUGAACGCGUGUGUUAUAUGCAUGCGUGCUCCAUUACGUAUAAGUACAUGUACGUAUAUACACGUACAUAUAUCGUAUGCGUGUGUAUAUAGAUAUGUACGAUUACGUAUUAUACAUAUAUAGCUGUAGCAAUACAUACGUCUACAAACUGUAUACUACGCACUGUAUAUGUAUAUGUGUAUACAUAAUACACAGUACGUAGUAUACAUAAAGAAAAGUAUAUACGAUACGUACGAAAGCUUAGAUUUAUAUGAUUAUCGAACGUUCUACGUGUUUGUUCACUACCAUUAUUUGUUAUAUUGUUAGCGCUUCAGGCGGAUACACGUUGAUAUUAACUAUUAGCGAUAUCGUGAGAUAUAUAGUAUGCUCGCUCGGUCGCUCGAUCGAUCGAUCGAUCGAAUUCAACUCAAAUUACAUCUCCAUAUAGAGUAUAUAUACAUGUGCGUACGUGCGUGUAAUUCAACUUCAACGAAGCCAACUUCAGCAUUAACAAGCGUUCGAUCGAUCGAUGCGAGGCAAGAGUCGGUGCGUUCUGACGCAUACGAAUACGCGUUGGAAACGCGUUCGAUUGGUCGAAGCGUAAUUAUCGAAUGUAGCUUCGCGAAGCGAGGCGCGCGAAGAGGUAUCGAUGAUUCGUUAGAAAAUUACGUUCGACGAAGUGGGGUUAAGUUGGAUCGGCGACUCGCGCGACGUGCACCAAGAAACGAAAAAAGAAGGACUCGCUAGGUAAAGAUGGGACUAAGAUGGGAAGCGUGAAAAAUGCGGUUCGGCCUUCUCUCGUUGACGAAGGUUUAGCUUAGUUUCUCAAGAAACGAACCUUCGCUCUGUAGAAUUUUAUUUUUCUCCCGAUCGUCGACUCUAUGGAUUCGCCUACAUGUUUCGUAGCCGAGUAAUGUACUCGUCGCUCGUGCAACAGCGUUCGAAAAUUGGUGUGGUUCUAGUCAAUGAAGAUCAAUUAGUAGCGUUAUCGUAGGUGUAUAUCGUUAGAUAGUUUAGCGUAACUUCGAUCAAUUCUACCGGUGCCCUUAAAAUAGGCGUAGCUCGUACGUUCAAGUCAAUAUAUUCGAUACGGCUUAAAAUUAGACGUUUUACGUACGUUUUAAUCGGACCUAUUUACCCGUCCUUUGCCCCUAUCUGUCUCGUUCACCAAUUUUCGAACAACGGACCAACGAAAAAUCUGUUUCGAAGGUAUCUAUCCGAUUCAAAAGUUUAAGUAACGCGAACAAGGAGACUCGUUGUUUAUCGAUAUAGAUAUCGACCCGUCGAUCAUUCAUUGUUAACUGUUGUGAAUGUAGAUUUUAUAUUGUCGAGUAAUAUGCAUACGCAUACAUACAUAUACGCAUACCUAUAGAUAUACGUAUAUAAGAAUAUACAUAUACAGAUAAUAUAUAUACAAUAUAUAUAUAUAUAUAAAUAUAUGUAUACAAACUCUCUAUAUUUGGCACAUACUAUAUGCAAGUAUACGUAUAUUAUGCGCCUAGCUUAAUUAACAGGAUUAGUUGAUUUCAAAUAUAUAGUUUCUUCUUCUUCUUCUUCUUCAUCUUCUCCUCCUCCUUCAUCAUCUUCUUCUUCUUCUUCUUCUUCUUCUUCUUCUUCUUCCUCCUGUGCGCGUGAUAUUUCUGGUCUUCGUCGAGUCAAUACGUCCGUGUACCUGCCAUUGACAAGAGGGAACAUCCGAAAAAUGUUCAGUUUGCGAUAAGGUUGCGAGACGACAAACGUUCGUUCGAUACAAACGGCGAUACAGCGCACCGUGCGAGUUUGACGCGUUUCCAGUCGCGUUUCCCUCGCGCUCCAACGAUUUCGUAUGUAUGCGUAGUAGAUAUACAUUAAAAAUGGGAAACACAAAGGCGAGGGAGAGCGCGGGUCGUUUCAUCGUGACAUCGAGCGACGAUUCGCAAUAAAUUACUUACGUAAACGAGUAGCGAUCCUAACAAGACUCGUAGAAACCGCCUAGCAUUUUAUACCGUACGUAACAGAAAAGAACGUGAUAAACGCGAUAACUUAGCACGCAAAUCGUAAUAAUUUAUAAGCGUAGAUUUAAUUUUUUCGAAUUAAGCGAACCAUCAACGAACGAUAUACGCGUUAUGUAACGUUUGUACACGCGUGGAACGUGUUCUCGACGCGAUCGAAUCGACAGUUUGAGAAAGUAUGUUGCGCGCUUCUAAACAACGAACAAAAUCGAUGAAAAUCGCGCGCGAUGUGAAACAUCGAUAAAGCGAUACGACGGGAUGAUGCGAUGUGAAACGAUCGUGCACCUUCCAAGAGGAUUGUUCGCACGCGAUCGAAAUCGGAAACAGAACCGGAUCUCCCUCUGUUAUAUAACGUUUUUCUCGUGUUGUUAGAAUACAUUUCCGAGACAGUCCUAAACCGUCAAUACAUCUAGUUAUAGCUUAUUACGGCGUUAUGUAAGCAAACUGUUUUACCAAUGUCGUAAAGAAAUAAACACAAAUACGAAAUAUAAACGAAUAAACUAGUCCACCAACGAAUCGAUUAUUUCACGAACGAACGAAUUAACGCGUAAAUAAAACGGACGAAUGAACUGUCGCUCUACGGACAUACCUACGUAAACAUUCGAUAAUUGCACGGUCGUUAUCCCCGUUACGGGGGAUGGGGGUUGCUCGACGCAACGCGAAGCUCGAUGACCCGCCGCGACCCAAUAACGUAACGCGAUGGAAUGGCAGAAAGUGAAACUUUUUUUUAUUCUUGAAAUUUUUAAUAUUAAGCGCCUACUAACGAGAUCUUUCCGAUUGAAACGAGACCAAACACGAUGUAAUUUAAAUUAUACUUGAUUACGUUUCCGUUUAAUUAGAAAAAUGUAACAAACGUAUCGGUAAAAGUUUCGUUGAUCGCCAGUGAGAAAUAGAAAAUUUUGAGUAUAGUCAAACGCUUCGAUUCUCGGUGUCUUUCGCAUUUGUAAUUUGCAAAAAAUUGGCUCUCGAUUUUCGUGCAAUUAUCGAACGUUUCCUUGUUUACGCUGUUCGUAAUAUUAUUUAUUCGUUUGUAAAUUAGCGUGGAUGGCGAAAUGGUGAAAUUGAGACAAAUUUUCGAGAAUAAAACAGCUCGCUCGUGUAUGUACGUCGAAUAAUUUAUCUUUAUUCUCUUGGUAAAUGAAUAUACAAAGUUUACAUCUAGUUUACUUGUUUAUACGAUGCGUCGGAUAAUAUUGAUACGAUGUGAUGAUAGUAGCGUCGCUGUUAUAAUCGCGCUUACCAUUUUUCUAUUUCUCUUUGCUCUGUUCGCACGCGUUUUGUAUAAUCCGAUGGCUCUUCCCUUGAAUACGGAUGAAUUACGCGUUAACGAUACGAAACAAAAAUCAUCGAAAUAGCGCGGUUCGUGAUCGUCGAUCGUUGAUUUUCGUUUCCCCUUAUUCCUUCUGUCCUUUCUCUUCAUUUUUCCGUUUCGCUUUUCGCGUUCUCCAGUCUGUACGACGAAUAUGUUUCAUAGGCCGAUACGAGUAUAUGACCCGUUCUAUUUUCAAACAGAGCAUCAAAUUAUCGAUAGAUAAAAGACACGAAAACCAAGAACCGUUCGAUCGAUCCAUCGUACGAUUGAUUGGCGUUUCGUGGUUGCUGCUAGUAGUCCAGUAAUGCUCGCUUAACUCUGCCGCAGUUCUGGAAUAUCAUCGUGCAAAUCUCACUCUUGUCUCAACAAGCGAUAAGACGUCGAACGUUUUAAGGAAAGCCUCUAUAUGCAACUAAAAUAGAAAUGAACAACAAGAACGAAAUUCUACUCGCUCGUGGGUCUCGACGGUAUUCGUAAAAUAAAGUUGCUACUGCUUGCGCGAGAAUCGCGAUACAAAAUCCUAGUUUAUUGAAAUUUAAGCGAGCGCGCGAAAUGCCAAAUGGAAGAACGAAUGGAAACGGGAAACGCGACCGAGUAAUCGCAGACAGAUGUCAAAGAACAAGAGAAAAAUGGAAUCUGAGCCAGGGAAUACUUUUGGUGUCGUGCUCCGUGAGUAUUCGAGAGCGCGCAAAGCGAUAGCGUUUAACUGUGAAUUAGAAUAAAUACCAAGAUAACUCUAA